AUGAAAAUUAUUUUAGUUUCACUUCUAAUAGUGGCAUCUUUAUCAAGCUUCAACCGAGUAUUGUCGGAGGUAAGCUAGACUAGCAAUAAAUGGCAAUUUAAUCUUUUUACAUCAACAGCUGAGUAAAAUAGUCAGACAUACAUACUAGAGGGUGAGGAAUUACUGUUAUUGUAAAAUACAAUAAAUGAAGAUGGAAAUAACCAAAUCAAAAUAAAUAAAUAUUUAAGAGAUGGUACCGAAAUUACAACAGCAAAAAGUAUCGGAGAUUAAUCAAAGGCAUGCAGCAAAGCCAGAAUUACUUUAAUUCCUUCAAUUGGCUUUGUUGUUGGAUGGAUUUAAAAAACGGAUAAAAAUUCAUAAUUGUAUCUUUAAUUUUUUAAUAAUAAUUUAACAGCCUUAGGAGGAUAAAUUCUGAUAAAUGAUAUCAGUGAAGAAGUCCAUUGGGAUUUAUCUUCAGAAUAUUUUUACAUCUAUAAUUUAGGAAAUUAUUAAUUAUUAUUAUUGUAUAAAGAAACAAAUAUUGAUAAAUUAUGGAGUGGUACAAUUUACAAUUAUAACACACAACAAAGCAGUAAUACAAUAAGACUAACAAAUUCAAAAUUUGUAGAAAUAGCUUAGAACUCCAUUGGUAAUUUAAUUUUAUUAUAACGAAUAUAAAAUUCUGCGCUGAACUCAUAUUUAAUAGCUACAAAAAUUAAUUAAGAUGGUUAAAUUGUUUAUAGUAAAAAUGUAUAACACAUAAGAUUUUGGUCUUAAUAUGAACCUCGUUUAGUUGCAUUAUCAAACAAUAAUUUUGUAUUAUUUUACCAAUAUGGUGAUUAAAUAUAUUAUUAAGUUUACAACUAGCAUUUUGAUUCAGUUUUAUUUUCAAGUUAAUCUAGAUAUUAUGCAUAAUUGACUCCAACAUGGGAAUUCAACAAUUUCUUUAGAGGUGGUUAAAUUUAAGUGUUAGCAUUAGAAGGAAGCGUAGUUUUGGUUGGCGUUAAUUAUAAUACUUUAAGAUUUUAAUUGGUAUAAUUAGAUAAUGAAUAUUUGGAAUUCAUUUAAUAAAGAGAAAUUCAUUAUGAGGAUCUAAAUAUAUAUAAGUUUUCAAUUUAAAGAACUAAUGAUUAAACUAUAUUUGUGUAAUGGAUUAGUGGAAAUCCAUUAACUUUAUUACCUGAAUAUACAUAAAGUCUUUAUUAAUCUGAGUUGAAUUUAAAAUUGACUUUAUCAAGUUGUGUAUUAAAUUGUGAUCAUUGUGAAAACAAUAUCUGUUAAAAAUGCAGCACCGGUUAUGUAUUGAAUAAUUAAAAAUGUUAAAUCUAAUGUUAAACAAAUUGUGUUUAAUGUUCUACUAAAAAUAGUUGUGAUGUUUGUGAAUCUGGAUAUGUAUUAAAUAAUAAAAUGCAAUGUGUUAAUUAAAAUAACAGUGCAAAAUAAGAAUUGAAAGUCAGCAUUUCUGAAUCAACACAUAAAUCUAAUUAAUAAGUAAAACAAUUUUAAGAUGGAAGCUUACUUGUCUAUUAUUCAGAAUAUUUAAUUUAAUAAUAGGUUUUAUAAUUUAGAGUAUUAGCAAAUGAUGGAGAAAUAAUAUAAGCACAUCAAAUGAAUCAUUAAGGAUGGGCAGGAUAUGAUGUUGUUUUAGUAAAUGAUACAACUGCAUAUUUAUAUACAUUGGAAUAAUCUGAAGGAUCAACUGUUAUUAGAUAGAGAUAAUUUAAUCCAAAAACUUUUGAAUUUUCAACUGUUAUUAGAUUAUAGAUAUAGAAUUAAGGAUUUUAAUAUAGAGGAGAUGUUCAAAACAAUUUAAUAGCUGUUGGAUUUGAAAAUUCAGUUUGUUUGAUAUUGAAAGGUUUGGAUAGUGGUGAUAACGUCCAAUUAAAUCUUGGUUUUUACACCUAUAAUGGAGAGUUAUUAAUAAAUCAAUUUAUUGGAUACACAAACAUUAUAUAGAAUUAUUCUUAUAAUGAUGAAGAGUCAAGAUUCGAUUAUGAGUUUGAUGAAUUAUACUUCUUUAUUAUCAUUACAAGAGGAUGUAGCCUUUAAUUUAUUUAAUUCAACUUAGUUGGAGUAAGAUUAUACGAAGAGUAUUUUUCAUAUACUGAUUAGUGGUUUUGCUAAAAUUUAAUAAAUCCAUCUUUUUCCAAAAUUUCAAAUAAAAAUAGAUUUAUGAUUGCUAUGGAAUUAGCUCAAACCAUUAUUGUGUUUAAUUGGAAAGAUUCAACCAUUUUAUAUACAACAGAUAAUACAAUUAAAGCCAAAAAACCAUAAUUAAACGCUUUUACAGAAAAUAGCUUUGUAUUAUUAUAUGAGGAAUAUGAUCUAAGUGAUAGAUUUACAACUAUCAAAUAUGUAAGAUUUGAAUUUAAUGAUGUGAUUGUUGAGUAAACUAUUAAUUCAAAUUCAGUGCUUCCUUAAAAUUUGAAAGUGUUGAAUUAAGACAAUUAAUAUUUAAUACUUAGUUGGUUAGCAUAUGGCUCUUCAAAGAUUUAAUCUACAAAUUAAGUUUACAUUGAAAGAAUGUUAUUGAAUGAGAAUUUGAUUGUAGGAUUUGGUAAAUAGUGUCCAUAAAAUUGUGAGAAUUGUAAUGAAUAAAAUGAUUGUUUGGCAUGUAAUAUUGAUUACUCAUUAAGUGUUGAAUAGAAUAAAUGUUUAUUAUAAUGUCCAUAAGGUUGUUCUAAUUGUGUUACUAAAGAUUAAUGUUUAGUAUGUCAGUAAGGCUAUUAAUUAAGUUAACUUAAUGUUUGUGAAUUAUCAUAAAAGAAUAUGACAGCUGUUUUAAAAAAUAAUGUUUAGAUAAUUGAUUAAAUUGAUAUAGAUUUAGCACAAAAUGGAAAUUUAUUUAUUAGUUGGAUGUAAAAGGAUGAAUAUAAUAAUUAAUAGACAUUCAUUAAAUAAAUAGAUGUUCAUGGAUAGUAAGUUGGAUCAGACGUUAAAAUUAAUGUAUGUACUUAAUAUGCAUCUAAAAUAUACUCUACAUCUUAUUUUAAUAUUCUAUCAACAAUAUGUGGGAAUAUUGAAUUUGGAGCAGAGAUGUAUCUUCAUUUCUAUAAUUUAAAUUUUGAAACUAGAUAUUCAUUUUGGGUAGAUUCUGGAAUCAGAAUAUUAUCAUAUACAAUUAAUGAUACUCCUUAUGCAAUUUAGGUUAUUUCAGAAAAAGAAGUACUUCUUGUAUAAUAAAUAAUGAAUUCCGAAUCUGAUGUAUAUUUAAGAUUGUAUAAAUUGUGCAAGGCAGAUUAUUAUUAUUCUAAUGAUAAUAAAUUCUUUGUCUGUUCAUCAAAUAGUAUCGGAAAUUACAAUUAAAAAUUGCAGGAUUUAUAAAUAACUUAUGAUCAUCUCUCAUACUAUAUUAGUUAUAAAAUAUAAGUGCAGUUAGAAGAUGGAUCUUUCUAAUUACAAAAAUUCAAAAUUACAACUGAUUAUAAUUUUAAUUAAGUUAAUACUGUUUAAACAUUUGAUCUUAACUAGUAGACACUUAUAUUGGCCAAUUUAAAUAAAUUAGACAUCUCAAACAAUAAUGCUGAGAUUUAAUUAACUAUAUCACAUGGUAAUAAACAACUCAAUUAACAUAAAAUUGAAUUAAAUAACCAAAAUUCUGAUUUGAUGAUUGAAUAAAUUGAUGUUGCUGCAACUGAAUAAGGAUUUUAUGUAGUUUGGAUUGAAUAAUCAUCAAUCAAUUUUCCAACAAAAUAAAUAAAAGCUUAAGGUUUUUAUAACAAUGGUACACAAAUAACUGAAAUUUAGAAUCUGAUACAAUAAAGCUAUUAACCAAAUAGAAUAUUUAUUUAAUCAGUAAGAAAUAAUUAAAUGAUUGUUGUAUGGUAAGAUAAAGACUUAAAUGGAUAAAAAUUACUUGCAACAAGAUAUAACUAAAUGCUUUAAUUACUUCCUUUAAAUACAGUAUUAUGUUAGACUCAUUGUGAAAAUUGUUAAACUGCAAAUACAUGUGCUAAAUGUUAUUCUGGUUAUUAUUAUAAUACUGAUUAAGGUUAAUGUUAAUUGAUUUGUCCUACUUAUUGCUAAGUGUGUACAUAGAAAGAUGUAUGUGAUAUUUGCUAAACCAAUUAUUAUUUAAUAAAUGAUCAAUGUGUUUAUGAUGCUACUAAGUAAUACGAAAGAGUCUUAGCUGAAAUUGAGGAUUCUUCAAUCACCAGAGUAUCAACCAGUGUAUUUUCAGAUAAUGGAUUUGUUUUAGUUUGGAAUAACAACAUUGAUGGAAAAUAAUAGUUGUUGAUGAAAUUAUAUAAUAAUUUGAAAGAAGAAUAAUAAUUAUUAAUACCAUUACAUGGUGAGAAUGAUAAACUAUAUGCUAUGGUUGAAGUUUUAGAUGGUGAUCUAAUUGCAUUAGCUUGGUUUGAAGGAUAAUGCUCAGUUUCUUGUCGUCUUCAAUUAUAAAUAUUUGAUAGAUUCGGAACUACUUAAUCAACUGAAAUAACUAUAGCUUUUGUUACAUUACCACCCUUAGGUAAAUAAAACCCUGUUGUAAUUAAAAGAUUUGAUAGAAAAUUAAUAAUUGCAUAUAUAGCUUAUGAAAAUGGAAAAACAGUUGGUUAUUCAACUAUUUAUGAAUAAGACAGUGGUUUAGUAUAAGCUAUUCAAUUGAUAGAUCCUGAUUAAAAUGUUGAUAAUCUAAAUAUCAUUAGUUUGAAUGGAUAUUAUCAUGGUAUUAUGUAUGUUAGAAAUAAUAAAGAAUUGUAUAUUCAUCAUACUUUUGAAACAGGAUGUUGGAAUGGUUGUGGAUAUUUUGAUGGAGCCUAACUAAUGAUAUAGGCUGAAUAUUAAAUAUCAUCACCAUAUGGAUUCUUGAGAUAAGAUAACUUUUUCAUUCUCUCAUGGAUUGAAAAAACUAUAAUUAAUGGAUUUUUAAUUGAAAAGUCUUAUUAUUCUCGUUGUUGGAAUUGGGGUUGUGAAGGAAAAUAAUAAGUUUCUUCUAAUUAAUUCGAUGAAAUAUAUUUGCCCUAAUUAGCUGGCUCAAAUGGUUAGUAUGGAUAUUAUAGAUAUUCGAUAAUUUAUGGAUCACAAGAUUAUCCAAAUCAUAUUAGAAGAACAAUAAAAUUAUAAUCAUUCUUUGAUUAUGGAGCUAUGGAUAAAAAAGUGUAGAUAAAUAUAUUGUCUUAAAAGAUUGAGUAAUUUAUUACUUAUGAAUAUCCAAAUGGUGAUAUACUUGUUAUUAGUGUUGGAUAAACAAGUGAAUCAAAUAGUUAGAUUUUAAUGAAUUUAGUUACUGUAUUAGGUGAUUAAUAAAAAUUAAUUGGUCAUCCAAGUUGUUAAUAACGUUGUUAAAGAUGUGAUGCAAGUUUAACAUGUUUAAAUUGUAAUACAGGUUACACAUUAAUUGAUGGAUAAUGUUUAAGAUAAUGUGAUAAAAAUUGUCUUGUUUGUGAUCGUAAUUGGGAAUCACCUUUAUUUUAAUGUAAUGAAUGUGAAGUUGGAUAUAAAUUAAAUAAUUUCCAAUAAUGUUUACCAACUGAUACUAGUAUUAUCCAAACUUUAAUUAAUACUUAUUAAAGUGGAAAUCAAUAUGGAUAAAGAAUUGCAACUUUAAGUAAUUAUCAAUCAGUUAUUGUUUGGAAUAGUGAAAAUUAAGAUAAAAAUGGUAAAUCAAUCUAUAUGCAAUUAUAUGAUUAAUAAAUGAAUAAGAUAGGUGGUGAAACUCUUGUUACAAAAGAUAAUAUAGGAGUUUAAGAGGAGCCAGAUAUUGCUGCAUUACCUAAUAAUUAAUUUAUUAUUAUUUGGAAAGACAACCAUUCAAAUGCAGGAAGAAGAAUUCUAAUGUAGAGAUUUUCAUUAACGUUUGAAAGAAUUGGUGAUGAAAUAGUAGUUUAUGAUUCAACAACUGACAUAGUAUCAAAUUUGUAAUCAUUUGUAAAUUAUAUUGAUGUACAUCAUAAGAUUGCAAUAUCUUAAAGUGGGUAAUUAUCUGUUUUACUAUUUUUAUAAUAGUAAACUAAUAAUUUUGACAUCAACUUAAAACAAUAUAAUUCUAACUUUGAAGAAUAUACUUCAAUUUCAAUAGGUCAAACUUCUUUUUAUUAAUAGACAUCAGCAUCUACUUUAAAUAAUUUAUUGCUAUUUACUUGGAAAUCAUAGGAUGGAAUAAGAAUAAGCUUUAUUAAUGAAUUAGGUUCAAAAGUCAAUAAUUAUUUAAUACCAAAUUCUUAAUCCUUUAGUUAUCCAUCUAUUAUUGCAAUUUCUGAAGAUGAAAUUUUAAUUGCUUGUGUAGGAUCCUAACUUAAUUAAUUAUUAGUUUACAAAUAAAACUUAUCGUUAUCAUCUACUAUAAGUCCUUAAAUCAUUUAGUAAGAAUACUAAAUAACAGAUGUUAAUUUAUUGAGUAUGAAUUCUGGAUAUGUAAUAGCAUUUAAAUAAUUAAAAUUAACACCAUAUUAUUAAAAUGAUUAAGUUAGCUUAAUAUUAUUUAAUAGCAUAGGUGAUCAAAUAUCAAAUGGUACUUUAUAAGUAAAUGAUUAUCAUGGAUCUGUUACAAAUAUUCGAGUAGCUCGUUUAUCAAAUGAUUAGUUCAUAAUAACAUGGACAUAAAUAAUUAAUACUAUUAAUGGAAUAGGAUAUAUAAAUGAAAGAAAUGUAGAAGAUUUGAGUGGAAAUGGAGUUUAUGUUAAGAGAUAUAAUAUGGCUGGUUAAUUAUAAUCAAUUGAAAAUAUAGUAUGUUAAACUUAUUGUAAAUAAUGCAGCAAAUAGAAUUUAUGUGAAGCAUGUAUGGAGGGAUAUUAAUUUGAUUAACAAAAAUUAAUAUGUUUACCAAUAUGUUCAUCAAAUUGUAAUUAUUGUACAAGAUUCUUGGGUUAAUUUAGGAGUUAUUGUUAAUCUUGUAAAGAUGGAUAUGUAAUAAAUGAUUAGGGAGAUUGUGUCAAAGUUUAAGAAUAAUAAGUUCAAUAAUUUUAUUAACUUGAUGGUGAUUACAUGAUAAAUCAAAUUUUGACUUUAUCAAAUGGAAAUAUUGUUAUUCUUUAUUAAUAAUAUUUGGGAGACUAAUAUUAAAUGAAUAUAAUUGAUGGCGCAGGUAACAUCGUUGUUAAAGGAAAAUUAAUAGAUGGAACUUGUUGUAGAAGAUUAACAAAAGCUACAGCAUUAACAGGUGGUAAUUUUGCAAUUGUUUAAAGAUCAUUUGAUACUGGUUGGAUAGAUGGAUUUAUCCUAUAUGUUUUCGAUUAAGAAGGUAGAUCUAUUAAAUAAGAUUAUUUACACUAUCCUUAUUAUUGGGGAUCUCCAGAAUAUUGGAGAAAUUAAAAUUUAUUAUAAAUCAACUCUUUAUCUGAUGGAGGAUUUGUGAUAUUAUUUGUUUCAAAUAAUGAUGGAUAUUUAUCUAAUUAUAAUCCCAAACUACAUUUAAGAAUUUACAACAAAGAAUAUUAUCUUGUUAAGAAUGAUAUAAUUAUUUAAACUUAUUUCAAUAGAAAUGAAUAUUGGGAUUAUUGGAAUUAUGACUAUUAUUUUAUUAAUUAAUAGAAUUAAGCUAUUCAAGUAUUAGAAAGUGUAAACUCAAUUAUAAUUUCUUUUGGCACACAUCUAUAUAAUACUUGGGAAGAAAAUAAAAAUAGUAUUUAAGUGUUUGUUUACAAUAAAGAAGGAUAAUUUAUAUUAAAUAAACGUGUAGAAAUACCUAAUAAUGAUUGGUGGGGAGCUGGAUUUAAUCCUAAAUUCAAUCUAUUUGAAAUAGAAAUAAAUAAAUUUUUAUUGGUCUAUUUUACUAAUAGAUAAGUAUAUGGAUAAUUUUAUGAUGAGAAAUUUAAUCUAUAAGUUGAGAAAUCAAUAAAUUUAGAAUCUAUGGGUGGAUUACACUGUUAUGGAUGUUGUAUUGGAUGUUGGGAUUAAAUAACUAGUUCAGUAGCAAUAGUUAAGAAUGUUAUUUUUAUUACUAAUAGACCAAAUAUUCAAGAUCUAUAUAUUUCUACUUAUAAUUUGAAUUUCAAUUAAAUUACUUCUCCAUUUAAAUUUUCAAAUAAUAAAUUUGAUUGGUUUGAUCAUUUGAGAAAUUAACAUUUUAUUGUGAAUUAUUAACUGGAGACAUUAUUAUUGGCUUAAGUUGUCAAAUAUAAAGGAAACAUGCAUUUAAUAUUUGAUAAAUUAGAUAAAAAUUGUAAUAAAAUAAAACAAUGGACUUCUUGUGGUGAAAAUUGCAUGGAUUGUUAAGAGAAUAAUUAAUAAUGUCUAGAAUGUAAAAAUGGAUAUUUUGUAGAUGAAACAUACAAAUGUAAAAAGAGCUGUGAUUUAUAAUCUUGUAUAUUAUGUGAUUUUAAUGGAUAAUAUGGAGGAAUUUGUCGUGUUUGUUAAGAUGGAUAUUAAUUAAAAGAUAAUGUUGAAUGCGUCUAAAUUGAUAAUUCAAGAAUUAAAGAAACUAAACUUUCAUCAAGUAAUCAUUAAGCUUAAAAUACUCCAAGAAUUAAAGCACUUUUAGAUGGUAGAAUAUUGUUGAUUAGUUUAUAAUCAAAUAAUAGGAUUAUUGGAUAAUUCUAUGAUUCUUUAGGAAAUCUGAGUGGAGAUUAAGUAAUGUUAUUGGAGGAAGAAGGAAUCAAUCAUUUUGACUUUGCAGUGUCUAAGAAUGAAGAUAAAAUUAUAUUAGGGUGGGUGAGUAAUAAUUAGAAUAAUGCUAAGGCACUUAAAUUUAACAUUGACCUAUAAUUAAUAAACAAUGAAUAAAUAAUAAUUUUAGACAAUGUAAAUUAAUAUGGAAUAUCCUAAAUCACUUUAGAAUUUAAAUAGGACAAUUCCUAUGUUUGUGCUUUAUUUGGAAAUGGAUAAAAUUGGAUCAGGAUGGUAAAUGAUUAAGAUUAAGUGGAUUCUUUCUUUCAAAUUAAUUCAGAAAUUCAUGGCUUAUAUUGUGAUAUGUGGGGUUGUUAUGAUAAUUAUUACAAUUAGUAUCUUUAUAAUAGAUACAUAGAUUAUUUCUCUUAAAGUUAUGAGAGAGAGCCUAGCAUUUUAACUACUUAGAAUUAUCUUGUAGUGGCUUUUGUCACGUUCCCUAAUAGAUUAAUUUUAAAAACAUAUGAUAACUUUGGAAAUUAAUUAUUUGAAUUUAAUCAUUAGAACAUAAACUAAUAUUAAUUCAGAUCACCAUAUCAACCAUCAAUUGCUUUAUUGGAAAAUGGCAAAAUAGUAGUUGUUUGGAAAGAUGUAAUGGAAGUCUACAAUGUUGGAGUUAAUGAAUAAGGAGUUCCUACUCAUAAAUAAACAGUUAUAGCAUAUAUGAUUACAGAUGAAUAGUUUAAAGAUGUAAAGAUACAAUAUAUUGGAAUGGAUUAUGUUUAAGAAGAAAGACCAGAUGUAACUGCUAUUAGUAAUGGAUUUGCCAUAUCUUGGUCUGGUAGAAGUGAAAGAAAUAAUUAGAAUAUUGAUCUUAGAAUAGCAUACUUUGAUUUAUAUGGAAAUUUAUAAACUGGAUUUAUACCUGUUAGUUCAAUAUGCAAUAGACCAAUCAAUUCAUAAAUUAGUAAACUCUCAGAUGGUUCUAUACUUGUAUCUUGGUAUUAAGAUUAUGACAUUUAUGUUUAGAAAUUAGACAGAAAUGGAGUUGUAUAUCCUUUAGCAUAACCUAUUGGUUGUCCUUUAUUCUGUUCUAGAUGUAAUCAAGAAGGUUGUAUAGAAUGUUUUGGAGGAUAUGAAUUGAAUGAUGUCAAAUAAUGUUAAAUAAUUGUUCCUAAAUGCACAAUAGAAAAUUGUUAAGUUUGUGAAUUUGGAGUAAUGAGAUGUAUGUUAUGUAAAGAUGGUUAUUUCCUUGAAGAUAACUUUGAUGUAUGUACUAUAAUAGAUUAAACAAAUAAAGAGUAUAAAUUAGCUUAAUCUAAUGUUAUUAAUGACCAUUCAACUUCUAUUGUAUCAGUUGAAAAUGGAACUAUUAUACAUGUAUGGUUAGAUACUAAAGAUGAUGGCUAUGUCUUAAAGGGAUCUACUUUUACUUAAUUUGGAAGUUAAAUCAUUUCUAAUAAAUAAGUAUAUCUAUUACCUAAAGAUGUAUUUAUUUAAGUAAAAUCAUAAAAUUCAAAUGUGGUUGUCUUAAUUUAUAAUUAAUAAUUUAGUGAAAUCUUAAUCAUUAAUUCUAAUUUGGAUGUAAUUAAAGACAAAGUUGAUAUUACAAAUAUCAUAAAAGAAGAAUUUAUUAUAUCAUAUUAAUGGCAAAAUUAGAAAUUAUAAACUUUUACUGAUGGAUUCAUUAUUGAAAUCACUGGAGUUAGAUAAUAAGUUGUUAAUUAAUUUAAUAUUAAUCCAGAAAUUAGAAAAUGUAUUGUUGUUGAAGUAUUUGUUUUCAAUUUCAAUAUUGAAUUAACUACUCAACCUUUUGGAUUCUAUAUGGAAGGAUAACCUUCAACUGGUAUUGUUGAUUCAUCAAAUAAUUGCAAGAUAUAGAAUUUAUCACAUAUACUUUAUAGUGAUUAAAUCUAUGUAGCUAGUUUUCAAUAUGAUUUAAAUAGAUAAUCUAUUUAAGUUUAUAAUUAUAAGGGUGAAAAGUUAAGAGAAGGUUAAUUGAAUAUGUGGUUCUGGUGGUAUGAUUAUUAUUCUUAUAAUGUUCUAAGAUUAUUCAAAUCAUAAGAUGGCAAUUUAUAUUUGAUUGGUAGAGAUGGUAAGGGAAUAAUUAUUAAUAUUGAAUCUCUUCAAGAAUAAAACCAUUUAGAUUAUUUAACUUAUAAUCAUUAUUGCAUUGAUUAUAGAAUAGUAAACUCUUUAUGGAAUGAACAAUUAUUUUUGGGGUAUUAAGUGUUUGGUGAAGUGUCAAGAUGGAAAUAUUAAACAUUUAGAUCUUGGGAUCCAGCAGCAUCUUUAAGUCAAGCAUUUGUAUCUAAAUUUGCAGUGAAAUAAUAAUCAUUUGAUUCUUUAUAAUUAUCUGAUGGAUAAUAAUUAUUCAGUUGGAUAGAAGCAUCGAAUAAUUCUAAUAAAGGAUCUAUUUAGAUUGUUAGAUUAGAUUAGAAUUAUUAAUUAGAUUAUUUCUAGAGAUUUGCUUGUUUACCUAAUUGUCAAAAAUGUCCAAAUGAUAACAUUUGUGAUAUUUGUUAUGACCAUUAUGAAAAUAUAAAUAAUAAAGAAUGUAAAGUCAUAUGUCCAAAUUUAUGUGAAAGUUGUAACAAUCCAACAUCUUGUAGUAUUUGUUAAGAUGGUGCAUAUCUAAAUGAUUUAGGGGAAUGUUAUAUUCCUGAUGGAUAAUUUAUGGAAAUUCCAAUUCCUAUAAAGAGAUCAGACAAUUAAAUUAAUCCAAGAGUGGCUUCAUUCAGUGAUGGUAGCUUUAUUGUUGUUUGGUAAGCUGAAAAUUAAGAUGGAGAUGGUUAUGGUGUUUAUGCUUAAAAAUUCAAUUCUUUAAUUGAAAGAAUAGGAAGUGAAAUCAGAGUAAAUGUUAAUGUUCUUAAUUAAUAAUAUUAUCCUGAUAUAACAAUACUUGAUAAUUAAAAUGUAAUCAUAGUUUGGGCUGAUGGUUAAAUUCAAUAAUAAGCAACACUAUAUUAUUAAAGAUUUGAUAAGAAUCUAUUAAGAAUUGGUGAACCUGUCAUAAUAGACAAAAUAAAAGUAGAAUAUAUAGAAUAAUAUGAUACACCUUUUGUGGUAUAAUCAUUACCUUAAAGUAAAUUCGUAAUUUGUUGGAUAAGUUAUCUUGAUUGGAUGUCAAACUUCUAUAUUACUUUAGUUGAUUCAAAUGGUGUAUAAUAAAAUAGUCAUAUAUGGAGUAAGUCUGAAUAAGUUAGGGAAAUUGUGAUAGCAUCAAAUGGUCUCAAUUUUGUUGCAAUAUAAAAAUACUCUUGUAAAUUGACAGCAUUUAUUUUUAAUUUAGAAGGAUAAUACUAAUAUGAAAGAUACAUAGAUUCUAAUUGGGAUUGCAGUAUUUCAGCAGGAAUAAGCACUAAUUCAAAGGGAGAAUAUAUUGUAUCAUAUAUUUAUGAUGAACAUGUGAGGGUGAGCAUCUAUGAUAAUCAAUUUAAUAUUUUCACAACCAGUCCUAAAUUAGAUGACUUGUCUGAUACUAGAGCUGAUAAUCCAGACAUUAUAACACUCAAUGGUGAUUAAAUUGUUGUUGUUUGGUAAAAUACUGAUAGAAUGGAUCCAAUAUUUAGAUCAAGAAAAUUAAAGAUGCAAAUCUUAGAUAAUGCAUUAGUUCCAUUAACAUCAAUUAAAGAAGUAAAUUUAAUAACUACAUUUGCAAAAUUACCUUAACUUUCAUUAUUGAAUAAUAAUUAAUAUGUAGUUGUUUGGUAAGGAAUGCAUUAGAAAGCAAAUGUUGAUUCAGAAUAUGGAGUUUAUCUUAUGAGAUAUAAUUCAAAUGGUGAAUAAACAAAUCCAGGUGGUCCAAUUUGUCCAGAUAAAUGUGAAAAAUGUUAAGAAUCAACAACAUGCAUCAAAUGUUAAAUAGAUUAUGAUCUUAUUAAUAAUGAAUGUAAACCUAGAUGUCCUGAAAAUUGUUUAACUUGUAAUACAUCUAAUAUUUGUGAUAUUUGUUUACCAGGAUUUGAAUUGAAUGUAGUUGGACAUUGUAUUCACAUUACUCCAGAUCCUAUUCCUUAUCCAUUACCAAUUCCAGGUUAUCCAAGUAAAUUAUAUCCAAGCUUUAAAUCUAUUCAGAAAUAUGGUGAAACUUCUGUUUUAAUAUAUGGAUCAUCACUAAUAUAAAUUGACAAUAAAUAUUAUUUAGAUGUGAGCUUAAUGUUAAUUAAUGAUAUUGAUAAAUCCUAACCAAAAUAUAAUAAUAGAAUUGAAAUUGAUGGGGAAUGGUCAAAUAUUUAUAAUUUUGAUGUAUUAGUAAUAGAUUAAGAUAUUAUCAUUUAUUGGACAGAACAUUCUUAUAGUGUUAAAUAAGUUCAAUUAAAAUAAAUAAGAUUAGAUUCAAGUUUAAGUUAAUUAGGAUUAGAAACUAUUGAUACAUUUGAUUUUGAUUACUAUGAACAUACUAAUAGAAAAGUAUAUCUCUUUGCAUCAAAUGGAAAUUACUAUAUUUUCUAGUCUAUCCAAAAUAUCAUUGGAUAAUUUGAACUCUUUGGACAUAUAGUUGAUAGAUAAUUAUAUACCAAGAUUCCUCAAAGAAAAUUGAUGGAUACUUUUGAUUAAAUUUCAAGAAAGUAAAUCCUUUAUAUUGAUAAUGAAUUUAUAAUAACAUAAUACUUUAUGGAAAUUAGAUGGUGGAAAUUUAAUUCUAAUUUAGAUUACAUAAAUGAAGGUAUGACUUGGCCAAUUUUCAACGGAGAUAUCGAUUAUAGUUCUAUUAGCAUUUAAUAAUUGACUAAUAGAAAUCUUGUUGUUGCUUGGAGAUCUAAAAAUUAAUUACUAUAAAGUUCCUCCAAUUAACUUAAAUACUUACUCUUAACUUUUAACUUUGAUGUUAUUGAUAAUGAAAAAAUUAUUGUUACAUCUAAUGAUGUUUUAUAGAAUCCAGUUAUUAUUACAACAACUUCUUCUUUCUAUAUCAUAUGGAAUUAAGAAUCAGUAGUAUCUAGUUUAUUAAAUUGCAAUCAGUAUUCUGAAUUUGGAGGAUUACCAUUAAGUGAAAUUCAAAAAUUGAACAGAUUAGACAAUAAUGUAUUCUUCUAUACAGGAACAAAAAUUACUGGUGAAGACAUUUAUGUAAUAUGGAUUUCAUAUUCAGAAACAACAGCUGAAUAUCAAUAUCAAUUAGUAAAAAUAGGUCCUCAAGGACGUUUACCUAGUCCAAUCGAUCCUCCUAUUUGUCCACUUGGUUGUAAUGUUUGUUAAAAUGAAUAUUCUUGUAGAGAUGGUGAUUGUCAUCCAGAUUAUCUUUAUGAUUCUAUUACACAUAAAUGUGUUAUGCCUUGUCCAACAAAUUGCAAAUAAUGUUCAUUACCUGGAUAGUGUAAUAUUUGUGAUGUUGGAUACAAAUUAAUUAAUCAUCUUUGUGUUAAAAAUACUUGUUAAGUUGGAUGUGAACUUUGUGAUGAAUUGUAAACUUGUUUGAAAUGUCCUUUAGGCUAUUAAAUAGUAGAUUAAUUUAAAUGUAAAUAUACUUGUGAUGAAAAUUGUUAAAUAUGUGGUGAAGAUAAAUGCACUCAAUGUAAAGAGUCUUAUUAUUGGAGUGAAAGGGAUAGAUUAUGUGUGGAUAUCACUAUUUAUAUUUAUUAAACAUCAAAGGAUAACCCAUUAAAGGCAGUAUUUGAGAGUAAGGAUUAUGUUCUUAUGUGGUAUGAAACUGGAAUAAAUGAAGGAAUUUAUAUAUAAUUAUAUAGAAGUAAUGGAAAACCAGUUGGCAGACCUACAAAAGUAAAUGAAGAAGAUCUUUUAGGAACUAGAAGAUUAUUAUAAUAGUCAAAUAGUUUUGAUGUUAGAUUGUUUGCUGAUUUAGCUGCUAUAAAGAAUGAAUUAGUUGUUUUGUGGGUUGAUUAGACUUAAGGUGAUAUGAUGAAGGUUAAAUUUAAGAAAUUUGAUAAUAAUAAUACUUAGUUGUCUUCAGCAAUUACAAUAAGUGAAUAACCAAAAUAAAAUUUAACAAGUAUGGCAGCACCUUGUAUAAUUAAACCUACAACAAAUAAUUAAUUUGUUAUUGGAUGGUUUAAUUAAUAAGCAUAGAAUUUGAAAUAAACAGCAACUAUGUUUAUUUAAUCCUUUAAUUCAUAAUUAGAACCUAUUGGUCAAUUGUCAACUUUAUAGAAUGCUGAUUACACAAAUAUUCCCUUGAUUUCAGCAUCUUAAAAUGGAGAAGUUUACAUUACUUAUACAAGUUAAGGAUACACUUAUUUAGCUUAAAUGUCUCAAGAUGGUUAUUAAAUUGGUGAUCCACUUUAAAUAGCCUAACCUAAUCAAACAAUUAAAUCUUCAAAUUUAGAUGAUGGUAAUAUGAUAUAUGUUUUUGAAUCCAAAAGCACAAAUGUUUCCCCUCCAUAAUUUGUAUUAUCAUAUCAGAUUUUGAAUUUGGAUAAGAAAUAAAAUGAACCAUAAUUAUUAACAUCAUAAUCAUAUGGAGAAUAAUAACCAGAUGUUGUGGCAAUUCCUAAUGGAUUUAUCAUCACUUGGAGAAGUGUGGAUAAAACAUUCAAAUCUUAAGAUGUAUAUUUCUAAGUGUUUGAUAAUUCAGGAAAAAUGAAAUCAUCUUAAAUCAAAGUUAAAAGAUAAGGAAUUCAUCCAUAAUAUCCAAGAAUUUAAAUCUUAAAUAAUGAUGAGUUAGUAAUUACAUGGACAGCCGAAAGUAUAGAUGAUUCAACUGUAAACACUUUCUUCAUGCAAUAAUUCAAAUUAUAAGAAAUCUUAUUUGUAGACACAAAUGAACCAGUAAAACCAUCUUAAAUAGCAUGUUCAUAAAAUUGUCAAUAUUGUGAAAGUAAUAAUACAUGCAUUGUUUGUAUUCAAGGAUAUUACACUGAAAAUGAUAAAUGUAUAAUGGAUUGUCCUAUCAAUUGUUAAUCUUGCUUAUAACCUAAUAUUUGUGAAUAAUGCGAACAAGGAUAUCAAACAACUCUUGAUAAUAAAUGCGAUUUAAUAACUUGUGAUUUAGGAUAUCAAUUAAAUAAUGAAAAUGAAUGUGUUCCGAUAUGUUCUGAUAAUUGUCUAGUUUGUCAAUCAUAGACAUAAUGUUUAGAAUGUGAUACCAAUUAUUACUUAGGAAAAGGUGUCUGUUUACCAUCACUUGGUGAUAUUACAGCCACCAUUAAUCAAUCUAAUCAAGGAAUUGCAAUCUAUGAAAUAAUUAUUAUUAUAGUCGGAUCCUUAUUAUUCUUGGGAUGCCUAUUUUAUGUUUACAAACGUUAUUAAAAAAAUGUAGCCAAACACAAUAAUGGAUAAUAAUAAUUAGCAAAUCAAGUAGAUGAUACUUCAAGAGUUCCAUAAUAAACAAUUAUAAAUACCUUUGUGACGGUUAAUAGAGGUUAACCAGAAAAUUUACAAUUUGAUUGA